CGAUUCACAAAAACCGGAAGUAUGGAGGAGAUGCAACAAAGUUGUACAGCAUGUGGAUGGGGCAGCACACGCGGCAUUCACGUUGGUGUUGUUAUCCUUAUAGAUAUAAGUUAGUGAAAUUACGCCGGAUAUAAGAACGCUCGCCAACGGAAGAAAAAGGAAGCCAUUCGCCGGUACAUUAAACUAGAUUUCCCGCGAGAAGAAGACAGGACAACGUUUUUAACUUUAAUCACCGUUUAUACGUUGUUAUGUAGUCUGUAGCGUCAUAGCAUAUCUGUAAAUAGCAGCCUGAUAUUAAUUCGACAACUCACACAUGGCUAUGGAUAAAGAGUGUAUGUUGCUGCUGCCCAGCGUGUGCGCACUACUGGCGGACUCCGACAAGCCUCUGCCGGAUGACACCAGCCUGGAGAAACUUCUGGACCGUCUAACGGAACUCUCCGAGGCUGUUGAAGGCGUGUCUCUUCCGGAGAGCUGUCCAUGUCUGCUUGACUUCCUCUCCGCUGUGACCCACAACACCACUUGUGACCCCAGCAUCCUCUCCUUCGCUCUCAAGCUCGGCGGCCUGAUGGCGGCCACGGAGGACGGCUUCACAGCUGUGCAGGAGCGCUCCACGCUGGACUUGUCCUUUAAGGUUCAGCACUGGCAGGAUGCUGGGCUGUGGGAGGAUCCAUGUGUUCGCAUUGGAUGGAUUCACGGUUUUAGAAGGAUGCUGCUGCACCCGAAGGCGCUUUGUUUCUUUGUGCUGUCAGAUUCUACAAAGCCCCUUUUGCAGCUCCAGAGGGAUGCCAGUCUAUUUGUGGCUUCGGCUGCCAGCCAGUUGUUGGCCCACAUCCUGCUCACCUAUCAGGAGACCUUGCAUGAAGAAGAUGGCAGCACGGAGUCACAAUACACACAUGUCAUCCAGCAAACCACAGACUACAUGAAGGCGUCUCUGCCACCCGAAGACCGCACACAGAUAGCUCCAAGUCUGCAGGUCCUCCAGCUCCUGGCCAUGAUCCUGAACCGGGCUGGUCCUCCUCUUCGGGACCAGCUGCUCCAGGCCGUGUCAGGCUCCCUGGAGGAUGUGGUGGAGGUGGGCUACAGUCAGCUGACACCAGCGCUCAUGGACAUUAUUAUGUCUGUGUACAGCUCGGACAAGGAUGGAGGCGCCCCGCAUCACGCCGUCAGCCGUCUUCUGUCCGCCAUGUUGAACGCCAACAAGGCUGCUGACCUCCUUCACGCUGCGGCCGCCUUUCUCCAUGGAGGCCAUCAUGAUCCUGUCAACACAACCCUGGCAGUCAAAGUCCUCCUGAUGCCUCUCCAUGUUUGCACUCACAACUCCCUCCUGGCCACAGUGUCUGCAGGAGACGAGCAUCACGUACUGAUGGCGGCGCAGCUGAAGAGCAAGAGCGCCUUCGUCUCCCUCAUUUGUGUCAGCCUGAGAAACGCACCGCAAAUUGCGCUGAUGCCUCCCGAUGUCCUCCCGUGUCCCCCGGCUUCCAUCGUCCUGGCGGUGGUGUCGCUGUUGAGGGCGUGCAGCGGCCACCACUCCUCUGGCUGCAGUGAUGAGGCCUUCAGGUGUCUGCUUGCCAGUGGGAAAGUUCAGAAAUGCGCGUUGGAGGUUCUGGCGUCGCUCAGCAGCAGCCCGGGCGCUAACAACACAAUGAAGUCUGUGUUUGAAGUUCUGAUCCAGUAUAUGAAGAACCCUGAUUGGGACCCGACAGUUCUUCACAAGUCCUACAAGGCCUUCAUACAGUGGAUGAACAUUUGCACGUCUUUUCCACAGCAGCUCAGAGAAGAUCUCAUGACCACGGUUCAGAAGCGUGUCUGUGACCCGCGCUGGGAGGUAAGAGACUCCAGCGUGGAGUUGUUGGGACAGCUGGCCGGCGUCCUCGCCCUGAAAUCUGAAGACCUGCCCAGCACAUCCACUCCCCUCCUCAGGGCGGCGCUGCAGGACCCCGAGAGCUACGUGAGAGCCAGCGUCAUCGCUGCACUGGCGAGGACUCUGGCGCCCAGCUGGCAGCAGGGGGCGGCGCCGCAUCAGGGACAGGCCGACUUAGUGCGCCGCCUGCUGGACAUCCUCAGUGAGGACACGGAAGGCUUCGCCAGGCGGGCUGUAGUCCGCUACUUCAUUUCCUGGUUCUCCUCCUCGCCGUCCUCCUCGCCGCUCCUCCUGGACUCCGUGCGCUGCGUCCUAUCUCUGGGCAGCGUGGAUCUGGACUGGGAGGUCAAGGUCCACACUUUGGAGCUGGCCGAGCUGCUGCUGGACUCGGUCCUCUCGGGCCAGCCGGGUUACGGCGAGAACGGGGUCGGACGGUCCUACGAGCCGGCGCGCGCACUUCACACGCGCACCAACGGGCCGGACGCCACUUUGGACGCGGCGUUAGGUUUCUUAGUGGAUCAAGGCGUCAUCUCCGCGCUCUUGCGAUGCCUGGUGGACUGCGAUCGACCCGUGGGACUGAAAGCCAGUCGCCUCCUGAUAAGCAUCAGAGACACGGUCUGCCCCCUGCUGGCCGACGGCGGAGAUGAGAGGACCGCCAUGGCGACCUGCGUGUCCUGCGUGCUGCCAGAGGAGAUCAGAAAGAUGCUGGAGAGGACGCCCGGUGACCAAGACGGGGACCACCGUGUGGGCGUGUGCCAGGUGUUGACCUCGCUGGACUUGGACCAACGAUCGGUUCUUCUGAGCCAAAGCAGCGACCACGUGCACAACUCCUUCCUGUCUCUGCUGCAGGACAUCAUGAGCGCCCGUGCAGCCCACAGCCACACGGACGCGGGUCAGGAGGUUGUAGUGGACUGCUACUGACACCUGACACGCCCCCUAGGGGUCAGGAGGUUGUCGUGGACUGUUACUGACACCUGACACGCCCCCUAGGAGUCAGGAGGUUGUAGUGGACUGCUGCUGACACCUGACACGCCCCCUAGGGGUCAGGAGGUUGUAGUGGACUGCUACUGACACCUGACACGCCCCCUAGGGGUCAGGAGGUUGUAGAGGACUGCUACUGACACCUGACACGCCCCCUAGGGGUCAGGAGGUUGUAGUGGACUGCUACUGACAUUUGACACGCCCCCUAGGGGUCAGGAGGUUGUAGCGGACUGCUACUGACACCUGACACGCCCCCUAGGGGUCAGGAGGUUGUAGUGGACUGUUACUGACACCUGACACGCCCCCUAGGGGUCGCCAGCACCUAAUUCAAUUCACGCACUUAGGUUUUUAAAGAGAUGAAAUAUGAAGCAGCAUAUUUUUAUCACGCCAUUAAAAAGAUAAUCAGCCUGUUGUUGCGUAAGUGAGUGAACCUCGCUGUUACAUAAGGAGAAAUAAUGAAAUGUGAAGUGUGGUGAGUGUAUUUAUAGACCUGCCUUGUGAAAAAAGAUAAGACUUGAUGCGCUCGUUCAUCAACGUUUAUUUUUGUAGCCAGCUCACCGGCAUGUACCUAACAACAAGCAUCAUUGCUAGUACAUUACUAUGUUUAUUUUGUAAUAUCAGGGUUUUAGGAGGGUCUAAUUCAAUUGAGGUGAAUUUAAAGUCGACUGGCAAGUGACCAUUUGAGGUUUUGCAGAGUUUAUACUUAAUAAAUUAGCUUUUAUAAAAUUGUUUGAAUUUGAGUUAUUUUUUGUAUAUACAAUAAUUACAAUUUAUAUUUA